AAUAAAUUGCCUGAAUUUCUGUUACUUUGAGAGUUUACGGAUUUGUUUGUUUGGUUUGUUUUUGCAGUCAAAAUUCCACAGGCUUCUGAGUAAAUGAGUUAACACUGUUAAACACAGGAUGUUUGCUACCCACAUUUAUUACAAAAUCUACAGUGAUCUCCACAGAGCUUCCAUUUAAUUGGAGUUUUGCCACCAACUUAAAUAGGUAGCUCAAGUCCAAGUUCAUUAACAGUAUGGAAAGGUUUACUCCAAGUGUAGGAUGUAGUAGAAAGAUUAAAAGCUGAGCAGUUGCCUUUACAUGGUGAGCAUGCCUGAGCUUGAUGAGGUUAUUUCCUGAACCUAAACUAUAAACAAGGAGCUGGGCAAAGUUGCAAACCUGCAUAUGGGAUGCAUCUGCUGGAAAUUAUGACAAAAACUAACAAUCUUCACCUCACUGAAGUCAGUGAAACAUUUUCCGUGUACUUGAUUGGAGCCAGGAUUUUGCUAUAGGCACUUACAUUUCAGUUUUGCAGGAAUUAAUGCACAUCACACAGUAAAUACCUCUGAAAAAUGUUUUAGCUUCUCUCCUUCCCAGUUCUUGUUUUUCUCUAGGCUGAGUUUUAAAUAGCUUUCCUAAACCUUUUCCAUCUCCAUUCCCCUUUUUAAAUCAGAAGUUGAAUAGAUAUCCUUUCAGCAUUCUGCUUGAGCAACACCAAUGGCAUCACUUUUACACUGUAUUAAUCAUUAUGCACAAUAAUAUGGUGUCUUCCAUCAGAAUUGCAAAGCAGUUAACAUAUAUUAAUUAAGUACUGCAUCUCUGAGAGGCGUGUAAGUAAUUAAUUUUGUAAGCCAAUGCCAUUUAAAGGUGAGAGAAAGGUGGAUUCUCAUCUUAGUGAAUAGCCUCUUACUCGUUUACAGUUAUUUUCUUCCUGGGUGUCUAGACCUGAAGUAAGUUCCUUAUGCAGCUUUUGUAAUGGCAUCAGUAACAGGCACAUUUGUGAAGCUGAAAUUCAAGACAUCUCUUGUAUUUCCAUUAUGUGAAAGCAUGUCCUCUCAAAUGAAUUGUCAAAUGUGAUUGUGGUAAAUCAAGUCAGUAGAAAAGACAGGGGAAGAAUUUGACACUUAAGCUCCAGCCCUGCCUUCACUUCAUCAGAACAGGUGCUCCUAAACUUUUGGUAUCCUGUGUUUGCUUUUUUGCAGGUAGCAAAGAUCUUCCUAGAUGCUAUAGGCUUCCUUUUUCCCAGGCUCAUUUACUCUUUGCACCUGGAAAUCAUAUUUAGGCAUAUUUUGAGGGCUUCAUAAAUUUGUCUGGGCUUUCCAGAUGUGUGGUAGCUGGAGAGAGCAGACUCUUCUGAGCUGGUUGCUGCAUGCCUGGGAAGUCUGGAUGUGAGCACUGUGAGCACACACAGCAGUUACAGGACAUGAAGCCCCUCACAGGAGCAGCUCUGUGUGAAUGCUGUGCUGUCCAGCCGUGCGUAUGAAGUGCAGCACAUCAGAAACAGCAGACUUGAUGUAGACAUGGCUAUGCAGUCAGGCCCACUCUUUCAUGGGGGAACUACACAGUUAUUUGCAUAUGGAUUAUACAUCUCCUGCUCCUGUGUGUUGCAGCUGCUGCAUAUAUACACAUAUAUACACAGUUUUUUCUACCCAUGAAAUCCUCUGCAGAUCUAUGGGAUUUCUACCUUUCUAGUUUGCACCCUGAUAUACACGCUCCUCCAAAGAACAGGAUCCUUACUUGUUCUACUUCUCCUGUCAAUUCCCCCUUCCCUUCUAAUAACAAGUCCUUGCAAUAAGACAGUUGUUCCAUGAGACACCCUCAGACAAUUUCAGUUUGCACAGAAGAGAGACAUGGCAGUCUUUUUUCUCUCCUCAGGAGUCCUUGGCCUUGGUGAUUCUGCUGCUUACCGUGCCCUGGUUCUGACGUGUUGGAUCUCUCCAUUAGGCACUUUGACCUGUUAGCCUGGAAGAAAAACAGCAGGAAGGCAAACUGCAGGGCUGCUUCCCUUGUGUAGCAGCUGUGCUGGAGGACUGCUGAUGAGGAACAAAAUGGGAGCUACUGAGCAGUCAUUUGAAGGCUGGCUAUUAAAAAGAAAAAAGCUAGCUAAUUAGAGCUUAAAGGAAGAGGCAACACUUUGUGCAAAAACACCAGAAGGUGGAGUCUGGAUAAGAGCUGUCAGGAGGGCUUUCUGGCCAGUUUCAGGCUGAGUGAUAGCAAUCUCGAACCACAGAUUUAGAGGAGUGGCACCAAAAGGCCUGUUGUUAACACCGAGUGCUUUGCAGGACAAGUAGCACUCCCUGCUUCCUCAGCUGCCUGAAAAUCAAGCCGUAGAUACUGACCUUCAAUCAAAAUAAGGGAGGAAAAAUGCCAGCUUCUCUGAGAAAGCUGCAGCAAAUGGCUGUUUUCAUGGGACUGUUCAGCGGCGGGGGAUGCAUCGUGAUGUACAAUCUUAUGCAAAAAAGUUUUGCCAGGACCCAGUAUUACCAGCAAGCUUUGGAGCAACUGAAGAGCAAUCCUGAUGCCCUGGCAGCCCUGGGUGCCCCCCCUCUUAAGGUUCACAACAUCCACCUGACAGAUGGGAGCAAUCGCGUGGACACGGAAAGAGCGCGGAUAAAGUUACCAGUUUCUGGAACAAAAUCAGCAGGCUGCCUCUACAUUAACGCAGAGAUGGACCACUCCCAUCAGUGCUGGUGCCUUCAGGAUGUCACCUUGAAACUGCGGGAUGGUCAGAAUAUUCCCGUUUACCACUCUCCAGUGGAAAGCAUUGGUGUGCAAGAAGGCUAAAAAUCAGGGACAGCUGCAUCUCCGCCUCCCAUUGAGCCAAAGGAGCCAUUAAUCGAUUGCAUCCUGCUGUGUCUCUGUGAAUGUACACAGUUGUCACAAGUGACAGUUUCACUUAAAGUGGUGCUCUCAAGACAAUUUUCUCUCCAAGAUUUACCUCAUUACUGUUGUAAUUGCAAUUUCUUUCUUUUGCUGGUUUAUUCAUGUGUUUAAGAGAAGCCUAAAAUAAAUAUCUUGCAUAAGAGUUGCUGUUGCAGAGAA